GUAAGUGGAAAGGAGUUGUAAAGCCUGGUGCUGUGCCUGGAGGCUUGGGUGGGGAAAAGUACAAGUUGAAACAGCCCCAGUGAGCUAGUGGAUGAAGAGAUGCAGAUGACAGACUGUACUGUGGUGUGUGAAUCAGCACUUCUCCAACAAGUCAUCAAGGCAGCCCUGGCUCGCUCGCUCGCCACGAUGAGAACUGACUUCGCUCUGGUCCUGACAGCAGCCCUGCUUCUUGACACAUUCUGGAGGAAUAAUGGGGAGCAUGCUUCAAAAGGUCCCUGCCAACCUGGCUUCUCACAAAGCUUCUACUCUGUGCUGAUUUCAAGGGAUGUACUGCAAGGCCAGGGCAUAUGUAAAGAUACCACAGUGUCAUCACAAAAAGUGAAGUUCGAUGACUGCAUGGGGAAUGAAGCUGUGGUUUUCCAGAGCAGCGACCCUAUCUUCAGCGUGCGAACAGAUGGCUCCAUCUUUGCCCAGGGUGAGGGAGCCAGCCUGGAUGAACCAGUCCAGUUUAAACUGACAGCAAGUGGUCCACACACACAUGUUUGGGAGACCGUGGUCCAACUGGCCCUAAUUGACCCACCAUCACCUCAACAAGAUGAAAAUGAGGUCACGGAGGAAGAGGGGAAAGUCGCUGAGCGAAAAGAGCGGAAGGAGGCGUCCCAAGCACCACCUCCUGUCAUCAUGUUCUCAGGGUCCAGCCUGAACAGCUCCAAGGGUCUACGGCGGCAGAAGAGGGACUGGGUGAUCCCACCAAUCAACGUGGCGGAAAAUUCUCGAGGACCGUUCCCUCAGAUGCUCGUCAGCAUUCGUUCAGAUCAGGAUAAGGACAUCUCCAUCCGAUACAGCAUCACUGGGGUGGGAGCAGAUCAGCCACCCAAUGAGGUGUUCAAUAUCGACCCGGUGCUUGGAAAGAUGUUCGUCACCAAACCUCUUGAUCGAGAACAUCGCUCCUCUUACCAUCUGCGAGCCCACGCCGUGGACAUGAAUGGGAACCAGGUUGAGAACCCCAUCGAUCUGUACAUCUUCGUCAUCGACAUGAACGACAACAGACCCGAGUUCAAAAACCAGGUCUACAAUGGCUCUGUGGAUGAAGGCUCCAAACCAGGAACAUAUGUGAUGCAUGUGUCAGCGUUCGACGGUGACGACAACACCACGGCUAACGGAAUGGUGCGCUAUCGAAUCCUGUCCCAGACGCCACACAGUCCCAUCCCCAACAUGUUCACCAUCAACAGCGAGACUGGAGAUAUUGUGACCGUGGCACCCGGCCUCGAUCGAGAGAAAGUGUCCCAGUAUACCAUCAUCGUGCAGGCCACAGACAUGGAGGGCAACCUGAACUUUGGCCUUUCCAACACAGCCACUGCCAUCAUCACUGUCACGGACAUCAAUGACAACCCUCCCAUGCUGACCUCCCGAACUUUUUCCGGUGAGGUCCCAGAAAACCGAGUGGAUCUCGUGGUGGCCAAUCUGACGGUGAUAGAUGCUGACCAACCGCACUCGCCUAACUGGAACGCCAUCUACAGGAUCAUCAGUGGAGACCCUUCUGGGCACUUCACCAUCCGCACUGACCCUGUCACCAACGACGGCAUGGUCACCGUGGUGAAGCCAGUAGACUUUGAGAUGAACCGUGCCUUCAUGCUGACAGUGGUGGUGUCCAACCAGGCCCACCUAGCCAGCGGUAUCCAGUCCUCGCUCCAGUCCACAGCUGGAGUCACCAUAUCUGUCCAGGACGUCAACGAGCCCCCUUACUUCCCCACGAACCCAAAACACAUCCGCUUUGAGGAGGGCGUCCCCGCUGGCACCAGCCUGACGACCUUCUCAGCCUCUGAUCCCGACCGACUACAGAUGCAGCAGACAAUCAGGUAUUCAAAGCUGAACGACCCAGCCGACUGGUUGUCCAUCAACAGAACCAAUGGUCAGAUCAUAACCACGGCAAUGCUCGACCGGGAAUCUGUUUAUGUCAAAAACAAUAUAUAUGAAGCCACAUUCCUGGCCACAGACAAUGGCUCUCCAGCAGCCAGCGGCACAGGCACACUGCAGAUCUAUCUGAUAGAUAUUAAUGACAACCCCCCAGCACUCAUACCCAGGGAGUCUCAGAUCUGUGAGCGGGUGAACAAGAACGUCCACGGUGUCAACAUCACUGCCGCUGAUGCUGACACGGACCCCAACGCCGGACCCUUUGUCUUCGAGCUGCCCAACUUUCCCACCAGCAUCCGACGCAACUGGACGAUUUCUCGGAUCAGUGGUGAUUACGGCCGUCUAGGACUGCGGUACCAGGUGUACUUAGAGCCCGGGGUGUAUGAGGUCCCUAUAAUUGUGUCGGACUCGGGGAACCCUCCGUUAUCCAACAGGUCAGUCAUCAAAGUGAAGGUGUGUCCCUGCGACGAACACGGAGACUGCACCACCCUCGGGGCUGUGGCAGCCGCCGGCCUGGGAACCGGAGCCAUCAUCUCCAUCCUCAUUUGCAUCAUCAUACUGCUCAGCAUGGUGCUGUUGUUUGUGGUGUGGAUCAAGCGGAGAGAGAAGGAGAGACACACCAAGCAGCUGCUCAUUGACCCUGAAGACGAUGUCAGAGACAACAUCCUCAAAUACGAUGAGGAGGGAGGAGGAGAAGAGGACCAGGACUACGACCUGAGCCAGCUGCAGCAGCCUGACUCCUUGGAGCACAUCAUCAGCAAGCCACCAGGUGUCCGCAGGGUGGAUGAGCGUCCCAUCAUCCCUGAGUCCCAGUACCCAAUCAGACCUGUCGUGCCCCACCCUGGAGACAUCGGGGACUUCAUCCAUGAGGGUCUGCGAGCAGCAGACAACGACCCCACAGCUCCUCCGUACGACUCCCUGCUGGUGUUCGACUACGAGGGCAGCGGCUCCACCGCCGGCUCUGUCAGCUCCCUCAACUCCUCCAGCACUGGGGACCAGGACUAUGACUACCUCAACGACUGGGGUCCCCGCUUCAAGAAGCUGGCCGACAUGUAUGGAGGAGGGGACGAUGAUUAAAUCUGCCCAGUCACACAAACACACACACACACACCCUCGUCCCGUCAGCUGGCCUGCCAUGCUCUGUCCCUCACACAUGGGGCUAUUACACCCUUAUUGAACACACGGUAACAAUGACAUGUUCACACUGACCAACUGACCAACCAACCAAUCAAAUUACCCACCACCACAGAGGACCGGUGUCGUGAGUCAGUUUCGGGUGCUCUUCUCAACCGUCUCCUGCUCUAAGCCUGUCUAAGACUGAAACGGAAGCUCUGAUUUGCAGGCUUCUCAUAGUUUGUAUUUUAAAUGCUUUUUUUUAAUUUCAGGUUUUAUGCUAGAUGUAGUUUUUAGUAGUCAGAUUUUGUUUUUCCUUUAGUUUGUGUAGCUUUUUUUUUUUUUUGUCCCCACUCCCCUUUGAUUCGAGCCGUUCCUUAUUCCUGAGGGUUUUCACUUUUCCCUCGUUGUCAGCCCCCGCCUGCCUCUCUGCAGAAGCUUUAGGUUGAGCUGCUUGCUUUGUCUGAGGGGAACAAAAGAAAAAAAAAAAAAAAGAAGAAGAACACAGAUAUGAAAGUCCUUCCAGCACGGAGGGCCCUGGUUUAUUCUUUCUUGAACUUGAAUUACUUAGAACAGAAGCACUGUUGUUUAAAAAGUGCCUUCAGUGGUGCGUAUUUUAGCAGACUCCCGCUAACUCAGGAUUGGUUGCCAUUUUCUGGGCUCACAUGCCCCCAUAUGACCCCUGACCCUUUAACUCAGACCUUCCCUUGUCAUUUCUAUCGUCCUGCAGGGCUGUGGUAGCUGCAGGAGAUGUCAGUGCCGGUUUCAGAGCAGCAUUGACUGGCUUACGAGGGCGCUUUAUGUAGACGUACUGUACAUAGGCCUACAGUGUGUCUGUGAGUUAUGGACAAAUCAUUAAGUGUUCAAGUCAGGCAUAUCUGUGCUCCUAGAUCACAGCCAACUUGAAUGUGAUUACUGUAAUCACACAAAACACAUUAUGGGACUGUCUUAGAGAAGAAAUGCAUCGCGUGUCUUUGUUUAUUGUGGCUUCAAUAGCAGCUGUGUUUGUUUUGAGCUCUCAGUAUUUGCACAAAACUUGAUAAGGCUUGUUACGAAAUUUCAAAGAUUGACAAGUCACGUGUGUUACCUCUCUAAUGUUAUUGUAUAUGAAGUGCGUAUGAGGGUUAUUUAAGGAGACUUUGCCUUUAAGAUCAUUUAAGGAUUGCAUGUAUAUCCCUUCACCCAAAGGUAAUUAACAUGGCACCAGUUAUUGUGUGGUAAAUGUGUCAAAGAAACUGUACAAACACGAGGGGAAAGAAAAAUACCAGAUGACUUUAAAUAGCUCUAAUGUUACAUACAGACUGGGGGGUUGUACAAGCCUCAUUCUGAGAUCCCUUUCUUUCUUUCACAUUUUUUUUUCUUCGCUUUUGUUGAUUCACUGUUGUUUCUCAGCAAACUUUUAAUAUACAAACUUUGGUGCUGGUCCCUGUCACAGAAACUGGGGAAAUUGAGCCUCAGCCAGGGAUUUAGCGCCUUCGCAAUCUGUCUCUCUUCAGGCAGCAUUUCAUUCAUCUGAAAUUUUCUCCUGAAAUUUUUGGCUGCAAGUUCAAGAGGUUUUGAAAAGAAGUUAGAGGAAGGGAAAGUCUGUUAUGAAGUUCUGCGUUUUAUCAAAGACGACUCGCAAAACUAAAGCUUCAGUAAUAGCGCUUUAAAAGGCAGACAUUUUGAAAGACAGUUUUGUUGUGACUUAAUGAAAAAGCAGCACUACCCAUGGGCUUUUGUAAUCACAUUUCAGACCCCCCGAACUGCAUAUAUAGAGGACGGAGAAAAAAAAGAAGCUUUAGUCUUUGUAUUAAAUUAUUCAAAUAUGCAAAACAUUUCAAAGAGGGACGAGGGAGAUGCUGGUAAAUGAUAGAAAGGUUUAAUCAUUCCUUAUCUUCUGAGUGCCCAGUGAAACACUCCUCGGUUGUAGCCAGCUUCAGUUUGAUGUGGAUUGACCAGAUGUUCUAUUAAUUAUGGAUAUGAUGAAUGCUUGGAGGAAAUCUCAGUUAAUGACAAUGUUCUUAAGAUGAUGUGAUGAGACGGAUCCUCCACCUCUCCAUUUUCUAAAACUGCUUUUCAGCCGUUCCUCACCUGCUCAUGCUUCAUAAGAACAGCUGCAGAUACAAACUACCUUUAGUUUUCACAACAUUUCAGAGUCAUCAUGCCAUAACAGUGAAAUAAGGGUGAGAGUUUGAUUUGACUAUAGACAGGGGAAUGAAGGACAUAGUAUAAUUAAUAAGGUUAACAGGGUAGGAAUCUCUUGAUUUAGACGGGUACAUAAAUGGGUGUAGAAACCGUCAGCGGCCAUUUUCAGGAUAGCUGUCAGCUCACAGCAGAAACAGUAGACAUUUAGAAACGGAGCAGUUCCCACAGCUUGCUGCUGGAUAAGCUCUUAUCUACCCGAUUGCUCCUCAGCCUACGGAAUAUCUUCACAAAAUAAACACAGCUGUUACUUUCUGCUAUCUGUGAUUAUUUCUGACAUAUAAAUGUUGUAUAUACAGAACAUUUUUAUACAUUUGGUAACAUGAUUUAUCUGUUCCCGUGUGCAUUUUCUUUCACUCCAGUUUUGUUUUUUAAGGAAUACUCGGCAAGGUAUAUUUCACCACAAAAAGCCAUGUGCAUUUAAGAGAGUCUGUGCGAUUCUAUACGAGCUUACAGCCAUACUCGCAUCGCUGUUCCAGUUUAGCUUCAUCAUGGUGAAAAGGUUCCACUUCAAACCAACUUGUACAGUCUACACUAGCACACACUCACUCCUCUAGGCCUUACUGUAUAUAUGUGAGUGUUCUAUAUUAUAUAUGAGCCCUUUCAGCAUUGUUCAAUUCAGCUGCAGAGCUCCAACUUGACUGAAGGCCAUCCAGUGUUCACAGAAUAAAGACGUGCUUAAUGAAAUGCUCAAACUCUCGGAUCAGAUGCUCAGACCGGGUUCAGGGCCAAAAGCAGCAGAAGGCCCACACACACACACACACACACACACACACACACACUUUACACAAGGUAACUGACCUUUAUGACUGUGUCAUACAUAAAUACGUGACACAAUGCCAUUAUGAUACUGAAUGUUAUCAAUGACUCACAAAGACACGUUGCAGCAAAUCAUCCGUGGAGUCGGUCACACUUGACCCCCCGUUUAAAUGCAAUCUGUGAGGGGAAAUGAAGGAAGAUUGAUCAUUACUUGUUACAUACUUGGUCCACUUGUCUUAUUGAUGUUCUCUUGCUAAAACGAGGGGAGAAUUAGUGAAUGAUAGAAUGAAGGAGGAACUAUUGCACUGCUGUAGUCCACCACUGUCUCCUGGCUGCCAACAACGGCUCCCCUGCCUCUCUGACUGGUGUUACUUAAAGGACACUUGGUCUCACUCGGGACACUGCCUGACCGUGGACACACACAUGACGGGAGGCUCCAGCAGAAGCCAGACUUUUGCUCUGCUGUGGCCAGAACUACAAAGACAGACAGACAGGCAGCAGUGUUUGAUACGAGUUCUCCCACAACUGCUCAAGUCCAAGUGUACAUAAUGUAGUAUUUGCUUGAAGCUAAACAGACCAAGUUAGGCAAACUGUACCUGUACAAUUGGAGCUUUUUGCAUGUGUCUUUUUAUAAUGGACAGAUGAGUUCUAUUACAGUAACCAUACAACAUUUUAAAAUGUGUCGCAGCCCGCAUGACCGAGGUUGCAAUCCAGAGGGGAUUCUGGUGUACCAUACUCACAUAGUUUCAAACGGAGAACAAAAAAGAACAAAAAAAAAAAAAGCUGAAAAAAUUAUUGCACAGUUAUCAAGUCAAAAGACAUUUUUGUAAAUUGUCAACAGCACAAAUAUUUUGUAUUGUUGUUUGUACCAUUUUGUAAGAAAAUGAAGAAAAAUAGCAAAAAAAAAAAAGGGAAAGAAUCUGUUGUUUCAAGCGUGUGUUUAUAGUGCCACUGCAAUCUUGGUUUCCAAAUACAGUAAAGUAAAUGCGCAGCCUUGCAGAUCAACCUUGUAAAAUAGAAGCUGAGCUGGAGACUCCCUGUCAGCACCAUGUGUUAUAAAUAAAAU